AUGGCCACCGUCUGCCUCGCAUUUGUCGCUCUUUUGGCUCUCAUCUCGUCUGUGAGCGCCGACGAGAAUGAAGACAAGCGCAAGAAUUACGGGACUGUCAUUGGUAUCGAUUUGGGAACAACAUACUCUUGCGUUGGUGUGCAGCGCGAGGGCCGCGUGGAGAUCAUCACAAACGACCAAGGAAACCGUAUCACUCCCUCUUACGUCGCUUUCGAGGCGAAUGGCGAGCGUCUCAUUGGUGACGCAGCUAAGAACCAGGCUGCUUCCAACCCGGAGAACACCAUCUUCGACGCCAAGCGUCUCAUUGGUCGCAAGUGGGGAGAGUCUGAUGUCAAGAAGGACUUGAAGCACUUCCCUUUCAAGCUCGUUGAAAAGACCGGAAAGCCCGCCAUCUCUGUUCAGGUCAAGGACUCCCAGCGCGUGUUUACGCCAGAGGAAGUGAGCGCCAUGAUUCUCCAGAAGAUGAAGGAGACUGCCGAGGCCUACCUCGGUCAUAAGGUCACCCACGCAGUUGUGACAGUGCCAGCUUACUUCAACGACGCUCAGCGUUCUGCCACCAAGGAUGCCGGUACUAUCGCCGGUCUCACAGUUUUGCGUAUUGUCAACGAGCCCACAGCCGCAGCCAUUGCGUACGGCCUGGACAAGAAGGGCGACUCUCAGAUUAUCGUCUACGAUCUUGGAGGUGGUACAUUCGAUGUCAGCUUGCUGUCUAUCGAAGACGGAGUCUUCGAGGUACUGGCCACCGCAGGUGACACCCACCUGGGAGGUGAAGACUUCGACAACCGAGUCAUGGAGUACAUGCUCAAGCAAUUCAAGAAGAAGGAGAAUGUCGAUGCCGCCGGAAACAAGCGCAGCGUCGGCAAGUUGAAGCGCGAGGUGGAGCGCGCCAAGCGAACUCUUUCCAGCCAAAUGUCCACCAAGAUCGAAAUUGAGAGCUUCUUCGAGGGCAAGGAUCUCAGCGAGACCCUGACCCGCGCCAAAUUCGAGGAGCUCAACGCAGACCUGUUCCGCAAGACGAUGAAGCCUGUCGAGCAAGUGCUCAAGGACGCCGGCGUUAAGAAGGAAGACAUCGAUGACGUUGUGCUUGUCGGCGGUUCUACUCGUAUCCCCAAGGUCCAGUCCCUCCUAAAGGACUUCUUUAACGGCAAAGAACCUUCAAAGGGAAUCAACCCUGAUGAGGCUGUUGCAUGGGGUGCCGCAGUCCAGGGUGGUGUCCUCGGUGGCCAGGAAGGUCUUGGCGAAGUCCUCCUCAUCGAUGUCAACCCUCUUACACUCGGCAUCGAGACUACUGGAGGCGUCAUGACCAAGCUGAUCCCCCGUAACACCGUCGUGCCUACCAAGAAGUCUCAGAUCUUCUCCACAGCCGCGGACAACCAGAACGUUGUGCUCAUCCAAGUGUACGAAGGCGAGCGUUCUAUGACCAAGGACAACAACCUGCUCGGCAAAUUCGAGCUCACUGGUAUCCCACCAGCACCGCGAGGAGUUCCUCAGAUUGAGGUCACUUUCGAAGUGGACGCGAACGGUAUCAUGAAGGUCAGCGCCUCGGACAAGGGCACUGGUAAGGCCGAGUCUAUCACGAUCACCAAUGACAAGGGUCGCUUGUCUCCCGAGGACAUUGAACGCAUGGUCAAGGAAGCUGAGCAGUUCGCAGAAGAGGACGAGGCUUCGCGCAAGAGAAUUGAAGCUCUUAACCAACUGCAGGCUCUUAUCGCUUCCACUCGCUCGCAGGUCAGCGAUAAAGAUGGUUUGGGUGCUAAGCUCGACAAGUCCGACAAGGAGUCGAUCAACACUGCGCUCAAGGACACCGAGAAGUGGCUGGAAGAGAACUCCGAGAGUGCCAGCGCUGAGGACGUGGAGGAGCAGCUCUCUGAGCUCCAGGCCACUUUGGCACCCAUCACCUCCAAGGUCUACGCCGAUGCCGCUGGUGGCAAGGCGACUGACCCUGAGGAUGAGCCCAUCACUCACGAUGAGCUCUAG